AUGCAUUUGUUGUGCUACCAAUUUCCUCGUUCUCGCCUUAUAAAUACUCGCCAACCAAAAGCAGGUUUUGCAUUCACUGUAAAACAGUGUUCGGCGUGCAAGUCACACUUUUAAGAUAAACAUUAAACAGGUGGUGCCUUUUUUAGCGAAGAUAAACACACAAACCGGAUCAAAUCGCCAGAGAAUGUCUCAGCAACCUGUGGCUUUCCUCACCCGCCGCGAGACUUUCAGCGCCUGUCACCGCCUGCAUAGUCCCCAGUUGAGCGAUGCCGAAAACUUGGAAGUCUUUGGCAAGUGCAACAAUUUCCACGGCCACGGACACAACUACACAGUUGAAAUUACCGUUCGCGGUCCCAUCGAUCGGCGAACAGGAAUGGUGGUAAACAUAACCGAGCUAAAGGAUGCCAUUGAGACGGUGAUUAUGAAGCGCCUGGAUCAUAAGAAUCUCGAUAAGGAUGUCGAAUAUUUUGCCAACACACCCAGUACGACUGAGAAUUUGGCCGUUUAUAUUUGGGACAACAUCCGUUUGCAAUUGAAGAAGCCGGAACUGCUGUACGAGGUGAAAAUCCACGAGACACCAAAGAAUAUUAUUAGUUAUCGCGGACCCUAUCCGCUCAAUGGUAUCUACAAUCCCAUAAACAAGCGUAUUGCUCGCGAUUCCUGCACCAAUAUAUCAUCGGAUUCUGAUUAAUUGGGGCUAGACGGAAAGCGGGAUGAACUAUGAACGAAUUUUAUUGGAUGAAUGCUCAGCGAACACACACACACACGUAUAGGAAAAAGACAUUAGUUAUCAAGUAAGAAAAUAAAAAGUUAUACGAUUUACAAAGUAUAUAUAU